CGCUGGACCACAUUAAACUAGGAUAAAGGUGAGCAGCAGCAGUGGCUCUGCACCGCAGGACACUUGUUCUGGAAGACAACGGGAUUAUUCCUUCUGCACUUUCGUGCGUGUCCGAAUCAUACGGCCGCCCAUUAAGAGGGACUUUGAAAUGGCAAGUCUUUUGUCCGAGGCCAAACCUGAAACGACCUUCCAGUACCAGAGCAUCUUGCCACCUCUGCCUGUGCCUCCAUUAGAGAGCAGUAUUUCUAAAUACCUGGAUGCUGUUCGGCCAUUUGCAUCUGAGGAUGAAUUUAAGGCUACUUUGGAGAUUGCUAGAAAGUUCAAGGAUGGCGUCGGCAAAGAUUUGCACCAGAAACUCCUUGAAAGAGCCAAAACGAAGCGCAACUGGCUGGAAGAGUGGUGGUUAGACACAGCCUAUCUGGAAGUCCGCUCCCCCUCCCAGCUGUCUGUGAACUUUGGUGGACCGGCUCCCUACCUGGAACACUGCUGGCCUCCUGAGGAAGGAACACAACUGCAAAGAACCAGCAUCAGCACCUGGCACACGCUGCAGUACUGGAAUCUGAUCCACAAGGAGAAACUGGUGACCCAAAAAUCUGGUAAAACAGCCUUGGACAUGGACCAGUUCAGAAUGCUUUUCUGCACCUGUAAAGUACCUGGAGUAGACAAGGAUGUCAUUUAUAACUACUUUAAGACAGCGCGAGAGGGUUCGUGUCCUUCACACUUGAUUGUCAUGUGUCGUGGACGGAUCUUCACUUUUAAUGCCGUUGUUGAUGGUCAGAUCCUGACGCCUCCAGAGCUUUUGAGACAACUGCGCUACAUUAAGGAGUACUGUGACGACCUUCCGGUGGGAGAAGGAGUGGCUGCUCUCACCACUGAGGAAAGGACUCGCUGGGCCAAGGCCAGGGAGCACCUGAUAAGCAUCGAUCCACACAAUGAAGCUCUGCUGGAGACCAUUCAGAGCAGCCUCUUUGUCAUUUCUCUGGAUGACUCCAAACCUUACUCCAGUCCAGAUAACUACACCAAUUUGACUCUGGAGGCUCUGACUGGGAACCCGACCAAUCGCUGGGGUGACAAAUCCUACAACGCCCUGAGCUUCUCUGAUGGCACAAUGGGAUCCACCUGUGAUCACGCUCCCUACGACGCCAUGGUUCUGGUGUCCAUGUGCUGGUAUGUGGACCAGCAGCUGAAAGCCACGGAUGGAAAGUGGCAGGGCUCUGACGUUGUGAGGCCAAUGGCUUUUCCUGAGGAGCUGGUUUUUACUGUGGACCAAAGAGUCCAGAGCGACAUCAGCCAUGCCAAAGAGCAGUACUACAAGUCUGCUCAGGAUCUGCAGGUGUUGUGUUACGCCUUCACUGCUUUUGGGAAGUCUGCCAUCCGACAAAGAAAACUGCAUCCAGAUACAUUCAUCCAGCUGGCCAUGCAGCUGGCCUACUAUAGAAUCUACAAAAAACCAGGAAGUUGUUAUGAAACGGCGAUGACUCGGAAGUUCUACCACGGCAGGACGGAGACGAUGAGGCCGUGCACAACGGAAGCUGUGAGCUGGUGUAAAAUGAUGACCGACCCCACGAGCAGCACGGAGGAGAGAAGACGUGCCAUGAAGCUGGCGUUCGACACGCACAACAGACUGAUGGCCGAAGCUCAGAAUGGACAAGGUUUUGAUCGCCAUCUUCUAGGACUGUAUUUGAUUGCCAAAGAGGAAGGGAUCCCCACUCCGGACCUCUUCAUGGAUCCGCUCUACGCCAGGAGCGGUGGUGGUGGAAACUUCGUGCUGUCGUCCAGUCUGGUGGGCUACACCACGGUGCUGGGGGCUGUUGCUCCCAUGGUGCCUCAUGGCUACGGCUUCUUCUACCGCAUCGGAGUCGACCGAAUCGUAGUUUCUCUCUCCGCCUGGAAGUCGAACCGCCAGACGGACGCAGUGAUACUGUUCAACAACUUCUCCAGCAGCAUGCAUGAGAUGCUUCAUCUGGCCACCACCUCUCAGCUGUAACGCAUCACACCUGAGAUCAGUUCUCAGCACCGAUCAAUGCAAAGCUACCUUACACAGUAGAAAGCUCAUUCCUUACAUGUUCAUAUUGUAUCUGGAAUUUUAAUGAAUCCAUUACUGGGUCUUGGUUUUCUUGAAUGUAAUCCAGUGUCAUUUAAAAAGGAGGAAUAAAGUGGAUUGUA